GGGAGGCUGAGAUGGCAGAUGAGAUCGCUAAGGCUCAGGCCGCUCGGCCUGGUGGCGACACGAUCUUCGGGAAGAUCAUUCGCAAGGAAAUCCCAGCCAAAAUCAUUUAUGAGGAUGACCAGUGUCUUGCUUUCCAUGACGUUUCCCCUCAAGCACCAACACAUUUUCUGGUGAUACCCAAGAAACAUAUAUCCCAGAUUUCUGCAGCAGAAGAUGACGAUGAAGGUCUUCUUGGACAUUUAAUGAUUGUUGGCAAGAAAUGUGCUGCUGAUCUGGGCCUGAAGAAGGGUUAUCGAAUGGUGGUGAAUGAAGGUUCAGAUGGGGGACAGUCUGUCUAUCAUGUUCAUCUCCAUGUUCUUGGAGGUCGGCAGAUGAAUUGGCCUCCUGGUUAAGUGUGUUGUAGGGAUCAUUUUCCCUUCUCUAUGCAGUGAUCAGGUCUGCAAGUUCCAAUAUGCAAAACAAUACUUUUUUUUGCCUGUGUAUGGAGAGAUUGCAGAAAUAAUUUUAAAAACCCA